AUUGUAUGGUGGUUGAAACUGUUACAGUGUGUGGAGGCAUGCCAGGUGUAUUGUAGUAUCUAUCGGUUACCUGCGUGUAUUAGUAUCUAUUGGUUAUUUGGUUUUGACUGUAAGCUAUUGGUGGUUGAAACUGUUACAGUGUGUGGAGGCAUGCUAGGUGUAUUGUAGUAUCUAUCGGUUACCUCCUAGGGUUACCUCCUAGUAUCUAUUGGUUUUGACUGUGAGUAAGAGAGAUAUGUAUAAGCUGUGUAUUAAUCUGUACAUGGUUUUGUCUAUGUGUAAUACAUUGUGCCUACAACUGUAAAGCUUGAGUGGUUUGGCUCUGGUACAUACUUGGUAGCUAGGAGCACUAUUUUGGAAUUCAUUACUAAGAGUUAUUCUGUCAGAUAAAUCAUGUAUUAUGUCCUGUGUGACAAUUUGCGGCAAUUAUCACCACAUGCCCUCUGAACCUGUCAGCUGUUUUGGGGCCUAUAAAAUCCCUUUCUCUGUGUGAUUCCUCAUUACUGAAGCAAAACCAGAAGAACUAACAGCAGGAGAAUGUCAGGAGCUAAGAAGAGAAGAAUCAAUUCCUACGAUGAUGUGUCUGGCUCUGAGAGUGACUGUGAAAUUACCUCUACUUCCUCAAGUCAAGAGUCCAUCUUAAGUACAAGCUCCUCUCUUGAACAAGAAAUGGAGAAGUUUCGAGCCCCUGUAGCAUCCAUUCUCGAGCUCAUUGCCAGGGCGAUCAUGGAGUCACCUUCAAAGAUGCUCUAUCUACUGGAGAUCUACGAUAACUUUGAGAGCAAGUACCCGUACUUUCAAGUGGCUGAUCUGGCCUGGAGAAGCAGCGUGAGGCACAAUCUCUCGAUGCAUGCGUGCUUUGUAAAGGUGGCUCGCUGCGAUGUAAGAAAGGGCUACUUCUGGGGGAUACAUCCGGCAAAUCUGAGCGACUUCAGCUCUGGUGAUUUCACACGGAGGCGGGUUAAGUCAAGAGUUCAAGAAUACGAAAAGACAAAGGCACAAUCACUCAGUCUGACAUCGCCUCUACAUCACUAUGGCAAUGGAUCUCUUAGCGGCCGGACUGUUACAUCUUCCACCCUCCCACUGCCCCCUCGGAUGUCCCUCCCACUGCCCCCUCGGAUCUCCCUCCCACUGCCCCCUCGGAUGUCCUUCCCACUGCCCCCUCGGAUGUCCUUCCCACCGCCACCUCAGAUGUCCUUCCCAAAUCUGAUUCAAUCUCCUCUUAUGCAGGCCUUGUCAUCGCCAUGGGGACAGCCACUGCGUCACCAGCCAAUACUCCGACCCAUACUGCCAUCACCUCUUCAGUGGAUGCCCUCAUCUCCUGUGACCAUACCCCCUCCCUCGCUGCUAACCCCUCGCCCUCCACUUACGUUUCAGUUUCCAUCGGUCCCCUACAUGAUGUCACUCAAGCCAGCUAAUCAACUUUUGAACUGAACUAAAAUAUAUAAUUCGUUGAAUUUUUAAAUAUUUGAAUUUUGUAUGAGAGUUUUAAGUUUUAAGCUUGUUCUCAUUAAUUUUAUGCCAAUUGAUUUAUCAUCAAAUUUUAAUACAAAACAGGAAACUUUUUACAUCUUUUGCAUAGUACGAUAUAACAUUAACACAACUGUUUUAUUUAUGCAUUACAUGUCAGGUGACUCAUACUUGUUUCUCCCC